GACGCCUCUGCCAAAUCUGGGAGUUUGAAAGUCACAGCAAAUAACAUUGUAUUUAAACUCUACAAUAGGGGAAGAUCUUGUAUUUGGCCACAAACGAUGACGGCCACGCACGUCUGUCUGAGCCCAGUUGUCAAGCUGCCGAAACUUUUCGAAAUCGGACUAACCUUCGGCUGAUUCUACUGUCUUGGCCCGUCCUCGGUCACAGUUCCAGCCCAGCUUGGGCUGAAAAGUAAAAGUUAUUUCAUUUUAAUUUUGCCCACUCCCGUGUUCCAUUAACCCACGUAGUCGGAGCCCUUCGCGAGGCAAGUUCGAAACUAGCAAGGACCGCACACGUGCAGCGUUAGCCUAAAUGAUGCCCGAAACUGAACGCGACUCGCAGUUGGCCGCGGAAAUGGUAAGCGGGGCUUUGGGCCACGGAUACGGCAUCGUGAAGGAUCCGCAGCAGCAGCUCCACUUGCUCCAGCCCCACCACCUGCCGCCCCAGCAGCCCUACCAGCCGCCCCACGCGACGCCCACGCUCACGCCCGACCCCUACAAGAUGUCCGCCACCACAUACGUAUACAGCAGCCCGCUGACCAUUCCGAGCAUGGUCAGUCCGAACAGCAAGGAGAAGCUAGUAAACCUUCUGCGCGUGCGCGACACCCAGGCGAGUCUGGCCAGCCCGAUCUCCGAUAGCCCGCCCGCCACCACCUUCCUCCAGAAACAGCUGGAGGCCGUCAGCCCACGGCCCAGCUCGGUGCACCCGCAGCUCCCGAAUCCCCCCCACAUGCUCCCCCAUCAGCAGCUCCAACAACCGCAACAACUGCAGCGACGACGCGCGAGCACCACACCACCGGGGGCGCCCACUAACUGGCAUGCCCACGUCUACGCCCGGCCGCCCAACCGCCCCACUCCGCACUCCAUCGCCGACAUCCUGGGCAUAGCCGUGGGUGAAAAGCUGGCGGCGGAGGGCGCCUUCGAUCCUUCGAUCCCGGCCAAGUCCCCGAACACGAUCGUGAAGCAGUACGAGCAGGAUCAGCAGCUCACGAUGAGCGAUGCCAGCGAGGAAGACGGAGGCCCCAGGUCGACAUCUGCGACACCGGCAUCCGCCACGGCUGCGCCAGUUCCGCUCGACCAGCCCCUGAAUCUGUGUGUGGCCAAGAAGUCACGCGACAGCAACAGCUCACCCAUGCCGGCCAGCAAGCAGAGCCACGUCCUCGGAAAGACCGCCAGCAAGAAGGAGUCCUCCGGCAAGCCAGCCGCCAAGAAGAAGAAGAUGUCGCCCUCGUCAGCCGCUGCGGCGGCCCAGCCUCCGGACAUAAGCCCCACCGGCAGCAGCGACAGCCUGAUGCGCGACAAGCUGCUGGCCACAAACAGCUCGCCCGCGGCCGCGCCCCAGCCUCAGCAUCAGCAUCAGCACCCCAACCCGAACAGCGCCAACAGUGCUCUGGAGACCACGGAGGACGACUCCGACUCGGGCUCCACCGACGCCCGGCGGAAGAAGAAGGCGCGGACCACCUUCACGGGCCGCCAGAUCUUCGAGCUGGAGAAGCAGUUCGAGGUGAAGAAGUACCUCAGCUCCAGCGAGCGCACGGAAAUGGCCAAGCUGCUAAAUGUGACAGAAACUCAGGUGAAGAUCUGGUUCCAGAACCGCCGCACUAAAUGGAAGAAGCAGGACAACGUGACGAACAACGAGGCCGCGGAGCACAAGUCCUCGAACGCCAACAAGACGGGCGCAGCCCCGGGGGCCGAGGGAGACAAGAGGGCGCCCCAAGGCAGCAACUCCACCGCAGGAUCCGCCUCCGCCUCACCGACUGUUGGCAACGGCGGCCCUCCGGCAGAGACCAAGAAGUCCCCGAAAUCCCCUGGGCGGGGAAACAAUAACAACAACAGCGUGAAUAAUCUGAACAAUACCGUCAACAACGGCGAAAACAAGCUACCGGGCAAGCAGAACAGCUCAAAGGUCAAAAAACAGUUGAAUGCGCUGCUGGAGAAGACCGUCAAGGCUGCAGGACACAACCCGGCCGGCCACAGCAGGACUGAGGCGGAGUCCGCCGAACUCAAAGCCGCCGUGGAGAAGCGCAACAACAACAACAACUGCGAUCUGCUCCACCAACGCCUGCACCAGCACGCUAUUCCCCUGACCGUGGAGCCGGCCGCUCCUCUCGAGCAAACCGAAAAACUGGACAUCAAGCUGGAGGAGUCUCCGCAGCACCGCGAACUGCAACUCAGCCUGCAACGGGCGGCGGCCGCAGCGGCGGUGGUGGAGGCUCAGAACGGAGGCUGCAAUCCCACUCAGCUGACGGAAAUGGACUUCGAAAGCAAGCUGGCGGCCAGCAAGAUAUCCAUAGCCCUGGCCAUGGCCAACAACCAGCUGCAGCGGGAGGACUCAAUGGAGACGGCUGGCACGGAGAAGCCCAAGCCGGAAAGCGAGUCCUCCGAGGAAGGGGACGAGGAGGAGCUGGAGGAGGAGGACACUUCCAGCGAGAAUGGGGGUUCCACAGAGGCACCAGACUCGCAGGAUCGGUCAAGGGACGCAGCUAUGCGAGAGGGCUAAGCCGCCUGCCAGAUGUAUCUUUGGAAGCUUCGCGGAUGCACCCGAAAGAGAAGAGCUAUCGAGAUACAUACGUACAUCUCUUGGAAACCCAGACAGUCAAAUGAACUUGUGCCAAAAAGUCGAAUAUUGCUCACCCACAAAAAUCGGAAAAUACGUCUACUAAGAAAACAAAACCUACCCAUAAGGAUAAGACCUACUUGUAAUUUAUCGCGUAAUCCGUUCACCUUUAGGCUUUUAUUUAAUUUAUUUAAUAUUAAAUACUUACGCUAAGUCUAGGCUUCUGUAAAUGCCGCAUUUAAUGGAAAAUAUAUGCAAAUUGAAAAAAUUGAAAAUGAUAAAUAUUGUAAUCGAAUCUUUUGAGAAUUUCAUGUGAUAAUGUAUACGAGGCGGUUACACAAAAAUUGAUUUUACAACUCGGACUCUGAACUAUGUACGUAGAUUGUAAGCUGUGCUACCUUGUAAAUUACAAAGAACUAAAGCAUAUUAGGGUGUUUGUACAAAAACUGGAAAGGAAAAGGUCAAAAUAUGCUACGCAUCCUAACCACUACAACGCUUUCUCCGAAGUAUCAUCUAAACCGCAUUUUAUGUUUUAAAAUAGAAAUAGAAAUUACUUCAAGAUAAAAUUGAGUCCGGCAUAAGGCUACCCGUAAGAGGGCGCCAAGGUUACACAUUUUGAAUUCGACAACAAUUUAAUGAAAGCAAAAUAAACCGAUUUAAUGAAACCUA